AUUGAAUACGUUUUAAUAAUAAUUUUCUCGUUAAUAUAUCGAUCAAGAACAUCAACUUAUUACCAAAAAUGGCUCAUUCCAUAAAAUACGCCGCAGAGGUACGUGUUUAACACCGGCCGAUAUAACGACAAAAUUAUUAUUUUAUUAUUUAUUAUAAUAUUUUAUGUUUUAGUGCUGUAAGAUUCGGAACGCUCUUCCUAAAAGCUGUUUGCCCGGAUACAAUACUAUUCCGGAACGCAAAAUAAAGGUUAGAUAUUUUUAAAAUUAUUUGUUUGGACAGGAAUUGACCACGCACGGAUCGGGCCAUCGAGCAAUCGGAAAACUCCCGAUGCGUCGCGUACUAAAACUAGUUAAAUUGGGCCGCUGGAGCAACAAAUAUUUUGUGUACUAUAUAUACUAUAUAUGUCAUGUGUAGACGAUUUUUUUUUUCGGUAGGUCCCUCGAUAUUUUUUUUAUAAAAAGCUUCGCAAAGCAAGAUGGUAGGUGAUAGACAAACCGAUGUGUAAACAAGGCAAUAAGUUAUCUACUAUUAUCUCAUGAAAUACGGGUCUGCUAGUGGGCUGCUGCAUAUUAUACAUUUACCGGGCCUGUCUGAACUCUUAAGUCCCAAUCCAUUCCUGGAAUCGACGCAUCCCCCACAGCGUAUUAUCAAGGCUGCUAUAAUCCCAAUAACGAAAGCAGCGUAUUUGGACGCGGCGCUGGGACCAUAUUAUAGAAGUUUGGGUUCUCGAUAGACAGACGCUACCGUUUACAUCGGUUUUCUUAGACCUGUCAAUUGUAUAAUAUUUCCUAUUAAAAAUAUCGUCUCAUAAAAAUGUGUACACAUUAAAACUAAAAAUUAAUAAAGGAAUAUAGGUAAUUAUUAUGCAUGAAGGCUUAAUAAAAUGACAUUAAUUCCGUGGUCUUUCUGUUUCCAGCGUGAAUAUAAAUCAUACUUUCAACCGAGUCGACCGGAACCUUUUAAACCAAAACCGGUGAGUAUCUACGUACAAUAAUUGUUUUUACUAUUUUUUUUUCUAUUAUGUAUUGUAGGUUUAGGUAUGAUGUAUAAUAUGAUAGGUACAUCUAUUCCUCUAUUAGUGCUAUUUUAGUGGUACUUUAUUAUGUCACUAUUUCCUAGGAGUAUUCUGUCAAUAUAUUUUUAAAUAUUAAUAUAUCCUUCUUUUAUACUUGUUUUAUUGAUUUUUCAAAACUAUAUUCUAGCUUUUACGUAAUAUUCAAUACUAUAGGCAGGUCUGUACUGGCCCACAGGGACACUGGGAGGUUUCCCUAUGCGCUCUGUGAGACUUAAUAUUAAUUUGCGCCCGACAAAGAAAAUUGAAUCUUGGAAACUAAUUCUAACUUCACGAGCUCCUAUUACUCGUAAAAUUAAACAUAAUAAUUUAUUAUUUUAACUCUGGAACACCAAUAUUUGUCUUUAUGUCCAAUUUAUUUUGGAGAAAACUAUUAUUAUUUCAUGUAUAGCUUAACUACGUUCUACCUUAUAUUCUAUAUUAUUGUCACAUGCCUUUCGGAAACAGCCUUUGGAUGGGAAAUUAAACAAGUAUUCAAAGUCUAAAAUUAGUUUUUAUUAAUAAUUCGCAAAUAGCUUCAGCAGACUUAGUUUUAUUACCAGGUAUAAUAAUAAUGUAUAAAUGAUUGAAAGGUUGGCGUCGUGAGGUGGACGUGAUUACCCUCCGUUGUCCUGAAUUGAGUCUCCUUUUCGGUUCUCCUAGUCGUCGUAUAUAAUAUGUUUUAUCACCUUGGUCAGGGCCUAGGUGGUAGCGGACGUCGUCGUCGUUGGCUCUUGAUGGCGCAUUGUCCGUACCCGAACACGUUUUCCUCUUGACCAAUCAACACGUAUUAUCCGUUAUUGCGUGAAAACGUCUUCGGUAUCGCCACACCCGUAUUAAUGGCUUUUGCGUGCGACGAUCGAUUUCACAUUUAGUUGUGUGAAAAUUUUAACAUGUAUUAAUCAUUUUUAAACUGAAGGACAAAGUCCUUAAUACUAUACUUGUAUACUACCGCCCUCGCCCCUCUGUAACCAGUACGGGCCUGAUUGUAUGUUUAAGAAUAUUGCACGUUUUUGGCUUUUUACAAAUAAAUCUGUGUUAGGUUGAGAAUGAGGUGUAGUAUAUUAUUGGACUUUUCAACGCCCACCUCUCAUUUAUAUUAUUACCGUUGUGUAGAACCUAUCUGUGAGCAACGAAUGUUUCGCUAAAAGCACAAUAUACAACUGUUCUUUCGCCCAGCCUUUGUGUGGGCCAAGAGAAAAACCAAUCAAACGAAAAGAUCACAUCACCAUGGCUGGCGAGUUUCAAAACAAAACCGUUCAACAAGUUCGUGAUAGGAUUUUAGCUUAAUAAAACCCGCAGAAUACCAACGGGUGUUGCGUUAUUUAUUAUUAUAAACGUUAACCUUUAUUAAUUGUUCCCACAGACAAGUUACCUGGGAAAGUGCGCGCCCGUAGUAAAAAAAAUCACUCCCAAAAAUCAUUGUCUCGGGGGCAAAGGCCCCAUGUCAUUCGUGACAACGACACAAGAUUGUUUUUAUCUACCGUGCGUUUCGGGACGCGAAGAAAAAUUCAAACCUAAGGGUAAUCUGUCUACGUAUUCCUGUCCCAUGGAAACAAAAACAGUCACGGGUUGUUCAUACGGACCGGUGGCUAUCAUAGCUGUUGAAAAUUACAAACCGAACGAACGGUACGUAUAUUAUUCUGUAUCUAUUAUACUUACAAGCUGUGAGCCAGCGGUCAGCGAGCUACUUAUAGUAAAUUAUAAAUAAAAAUAGUUUAUAAUUAACUCGUUAUUACAACCGUAUGGCCGAAGGUUCUUAGAAGAUUUUCGUGGUUUAAGCCGCUAUGUUGAUGGUUGUAAACAGCAUACAAAAUCUACGCUCCAGAGAGCUGCUCUUGAGCAGUAAAAAUGUUGUGCGAAAUGAAUGUCGAAUGCACGACACAAACGGAGAAAGAGAGAAUGAUAAUUGGUAUUUUAUUAGAGUAUACGGUAAUAAUGUCGGACUGCUGGAGGUUACUGUUGGCCGAUGGAUUUAAUAGAGGGAAAAGAAAUUGUUAUUCAUCGAUAGCAUUUAUAAUAUUGACAAUAUCUUAACAUCACGGUUUAAGAUAUCUUAAAUCGUGCUUAAAAUUAAAAGCACGGACUAAUAAUCCAUGAAUAAAAUAUUCACAUAAUCUAUUGCAGAAAAAUAUAUCGUGGACAUUUAUAGAUUUUGCGGGAAGUUGUUAGCAGUAGGUAGAGGGGAGACAUGUGUGUUUGCGGGAGACGCAGCAGACGGUUGAUUUAUCAGGCGGCAUGAUUGUUAUCCAAUAUUGUGUGUUUUAGCAUAAGUAUAAGUAUAAUGAUAUCUGUGGUUUUAGCGGGAGUGCAUAUAAGCAUACCAUACAUUACUUUUUAUUUUAGGCCCUGGUGUACACUAUCUAGAAAUUCGUUGGUACAAACCGUUGUACUGGUUUACUAACACUUGGUACCGAUUAUUUUAUAUCGGUAUAGAUUACUGAAUUAUAUACUAUGGAAGGAGUAUAGUGUAAAUAAAAUUAAACGGUAUCACAAUGUUAGCUUAUUAGGCCGCUCCCUUUUAUUAUAUGGCAAAUAUGCAUUAUACACCUUCCAUAGUAUAUAGAUAUUCGACGAUGGAAAUUGAUGUACACUCUCACCAUUGUCCAAAAAUAACAAUGGUAAUACUACUAUCAAUUAUUUAAAUUAUUAGUGUAUUGCCUAUCUAUACUUCCCAUUUCCCGCUAAUAAGUACUUAAUAAAUAUUAAUUUGAAUAGGUAUUAAUUGUUAUUAAUUAAAUUAUUAUUAUUAUUUAUCUGUUCGUUUAUUAUUUCGAGAGGGAAAUUAGAGGGGAUGAAACCGGUGUAAAUAGUUUGCACUAGAGAGCCUAGAUAAUCUCUAGUUUGCACCAUAUGCACGUGAUAGUGCAAACAAAUUAAACCGGUGUCAUUAAUUUUAACACCGAUUACCCCAAAACAUUUUUCAAAUUCCAACCGGUUUGAUUUUCAAGGUGAAAUUUGUACCAGUUUUUACCAACAAGUUUCUUGUAUUCGUUAAGAUGAACAAAGCUAUUACGGUAAAAUAAUGAGUUCGCAGGCAAUAUUUGAAUUUUAAUUUAGGCGCUUAAAAACAGAACUUUACAAAUUUACGAAAUUCUCACCGAAACGUACUCUAUAAAUUAGGAAAACAUAUAAAGAUGGUUUGAAAUUUGUGAGUUCUCAUUAUAUUGUAGACCAGUGGUUCUCAGUGGGGGCGAUAUCGCCCCACUGGUGGGCAGUGAUAAAUCGUAGUUUAUAAGGAGUUUGUUCGGAAUGUCUAUAUUCUAUAGCAUUCUCGCUAUAACCACUAUCAUUACAAAUGGAUAUGAGACUUGCAUUGUACAUUUUAUUGGUUUUACUAUUGGCUUGAUAAAAAAAUCGACAUCCGAUAUACUGAUAGUACCAAUAUCGGCUAUCGGUAUCAGACUCAAUAUUUUGCACAUUUUCAUUAUUUCUAGUUACAACGCACCUAAAGAAAUCAUGGAUUUGAAUACUGUACAACGGACAAGCUACCGUCGAGUUGCCUUACCAAAGAAAGUAGAAAACCCGUGGUCAGUAAAACUAGAAUAUUGUAAGCCGAAGACCGAGGUAGAAACUUAUUCGAUAUAUGAUUCAAGGUAACUUCUUUAUAAAAUUCAAUAAAUAUAAGUAGUGGUCGGGAAGUUACUUUUUUUUUCAAAUGUAUUACGCUACUUUAAAAUUAAAUUUAAAAAAGUAGCAAGCUAAAUUUUUGCUAAAAAGAAUAUAUAUGGGUAGGUAUUAAUAAAAUGUAUUACUGUAAUAUGGCAGGGUAAAAUUUAUGUAGGUUCAAAAUUUAAUAUUUUUAAAAAUGUAUUAUUUCAUUUACAAUAUCAGUUUAAACCGACUUAAAUUAAUUUUAAUAAGUUAUAUAGGUUAUAUAUUAUUUACCCGAUUAUAGACAAAUUGCACAUUUUGAAAAAUAAUAAUUAACAAUAUUAUCAUGUUUAUUAUUUGUAUUUAUAUUUCUGUUUAAUACCGGAGUAUUCUAUAUUCCACGAUCUUCUAAGACCGUGCUCUUCUCUCGGAAGAUAAAACAAUGGUAGGCCAAUGAUAUAAACAAUACUUACCUCUACUAUCUAGAUGACACGUUAUUUUUUAUGUUCACUUUAACGUUCUUACGUCCUUGUAGAAGAAAUGGGGGCACAGGCGUAGGAUGCGGGAGACUAAGAAGGUUAUAACUUCCGAAAUCUCCUCUAAUCCCCUCAACAUUUCUUACAGCUUCUCUGAUAAUAAGGAGGCAAUAAAGGAUUUUAGUUAACUUUUAUUUGUUUAUUUGAUUAAAAAUAAGGCAACCGUUUUUAUUUAUUUUUUGUUAUUUUUAAAUAUUUUUUAAAUAAUCAUUGUUGUCAUGGAAACGCACAUUGUUGUAAUCAUUUUACCAUAAUAUGACAUAUAUAUUGUUGACAAAGCAACACUAUCAACUGAACUCUGCUCAGAAUCGUUUUUUCGUUAGCAAUAGUUCAUCGUUCCUUUCAGGUAUACAAUAAAUUUCCGUUUGUAUCCUACAUUUCAAACUUUGCAUCUACAAAAGUCACUGCACUCACGUGCAAAGUAUGUCCGUCUUUUUUUUAUUGUAAAAGUAUGUUUAAAAUGAUACACUUAUAAAGAUAAAUUAUGCUAUAUUUAUUAAUACAUAAAAUACAUAAUAUAAUUUUAUAAAAUAGUUAUUUAUGAUAUUAUUCACGAAUAAUAUAAUAUAUGUACCAACCAGGUAUAUGUCAAUAAGUAUGCUUAAUCAUUUUUAAUAAUGCAUGUUUCCCUAUACAUACUUAUCAUAAAUAUGUAUCAUUUUUUUCAUUUGUAAUGUAUAGUUAUAAAUGGAGUAAUAUUUGAAGGCAUUGGGUUUAGGUCUAAAGUUGGCCGAAUCAUAAUUAAGAAUUUACGAAAUGCAUUAUGCAAUUUUAUUUAAAUACUAGAAUGAUUUUUGAUGUAGAAAAUAUUAUAACGAAAUGUCUAACUAAAAAAAGAAUUCUAGACCAUAAUAAAAUAUAUUUUAGUAAUAUAAUUAUAUUAUUAACAAAAGUAUUAUUAUUACCUAUUACCAAAAGUAAUUACGAGUACAACCUACCUCCUAUUAAUAAUCAUAUCAACUUGUUCAAGCAACAGUUACCUAUUGAAAUAUACCAGGUACCUAUAUUAUAUUCUAUUAUUCAUGAAUAAUAUUAUACAUAACUAUUUUAUACUAUUUAACUGAAAGUUCUUGUGACCUAUUCCACAUUCUUUUUUAUUGUACUUCUCUGCACAUAAAAUGAACUAUAUUGUUUAAAUCCUUAAAAGCCCUUAAUAUCACCUCAAACAUUUAUAUUUUAUUAUAUAAUUGUUAUUCACCAUAAUUUUUACCAUAGUUGUUGACAAUAAUCAGUGGCGUAAUUGUGAGGGGUAUUCGCCUCCUGGCAAUUUUGUGUGGAGCAAAGGUAUCAUUUUGUCCCCCUCCCUUACUCUGAUAAUCCGACAGUAAAAAUUGUUGAAUUAUCUUAAAUUGAGAAAGAAUAUAAUAUAUUGUUUAACAUAACAUAUUAUGACAAUUAUAAGAUUAAAAUAUUAUUUCCUCAAAUUAUUUAUUUAUUUUAAGUUUCUCUUCUUGUAUAUGUUAUCGCAAUAAUCACAUUAGUUGGGUUAAGAACUUAAAUAAUCCAAUAAUAAUAUUAUAUUAGUAUGAAUACGAUAUUAUUAUCUUAAAAUCGUGAUUAUGACUACAGGAGCAGGAGGUUGUUUUUAGUUCAAUAACAAUUUAUACUCUGAACUCUUAGGCUGGAAACACACUGGCGUUAAUUUACCGUGCUACAUUUUUACUGCACCGUAAAUUUUCGGCGCGUUUUGUUAAAAUGAAUAGAGCAUAAUUCAUGAAUGUUGCGCCGUAAAAUUAUCACGCGAUAUUUAGAAAACAGUCGCGUGUCGAUUUUACCGCAUGUUAAAAAUAAUAUUAAUAAUAAAUGUUAAUAAUAAACUAUUGAUAGGUAGGUGAAAAACACACAUGCAGUAAUAAAACGCGUGACCGAUUAGAAAAGGCAAAUAUAAGUUUUCCGUUAAAAGCAUUAUUUUCAUAAAUUUCACAGUUUUUCUUGCGUUUUAUUCUGGUUUUUCCAGAUAUUAGGAAAACCACUUAGGAAAGAAAAAAAUUAUCUCCCAAACGUACUAUCUUGGGUAUAUAUUUGUGCAAAAUUUCUGGUAAAAUUUUUAUAUAGUAUAAAAAAAAAAUAUACAUCUUAGUAAAACCGAUGCACUCUUCGCUACAUUCAGAAUUUAAAAAUAGAAAAUUUCCAUUAUUUUAAUCAUUUUCCUAUUAAAAUACAUACAGUUAAUAAUAUUUCUGGUCCUCCAUUGGGUAGGCAGCGAACCCAGUGGUAAUUUUAACUGCAGUAAUGUUUUCAAUUUAUCUUAGGCGGGCGUUUGAAAGUGAUUACACCUUAUUAAUCCACCUUGAAAAAAAUAAAUAUUAAUUGUAACUUGUAAUGAAUAAAUUUGUUUUUGACUCUUUAUCAUUUUCCACAUGAUUGUUAUACAGAUUACAAACCACAGUAAUAGAUUAAUAUCUUUGUUAUCACUGUUUUUAUUCUAAAAUCGGCAUUCAGCUGCGUUCAUAUGUAGUAUAGAUUUUACUCUAUGGUAGGUAUUUUAUGUUGAUAUAAAUUAUUAAUAAGUAAAAUUCAGUAAAAUUUAGAAAAAUGUAUAUAAUUUUUUUUUUAAAUUUAAUAUAUUAGUAAAAAACAUAAUAUUUUGGAAUUGAAUGUAAAUUGUUUUUAUACAAGAAAGAGUGAGUAGGAACUUAGCACUCACAGCUCACUUUUUAAUACAUCCCUUCAAUAAAAAAUCUUGAGAACGUUCUGUUCUAACAGUUUUUUUUCAUUUUGUAUAAUCGUAACGGCGCUAUGCAUAAUGUUAUUAAAAAUAGCUACUCCCGACCAUAAAAUACCUAUAUAUUUUAUAAGAAAAUAUAUUAUAAAUAAUAAUACUAAAUAACUAAAUAAUAAGUAGUUAUAGUUUACAAACUAUACUUACAUAAUAUUUUAAAUAUUUUAUUCACAGCUAUAAGGAACCUGGAUACUACAGAAAGAAGGAUAUUUGUCUCAAUGUGAUCAACAGCAUGCUGGCUUGUGUCUAUGAAAACUGAUUUUUUUCCAAUAUUAUUGUAUAGAGUAUUGUUUAUAUGACGUCAUGAUCAAGGUACUUAUUAUAUCAGACAUGGAUCGACUGUGAUCACAUCGUCGUACGGUAUGCGUAACACCGAUUUUGGGAUAGUUGCCCGUACAACUACGUACGGUGAUAUCCGACCGCGGUCACGUUCGAUCAUUAAAUUUUAAUUUAGAUUACUUUUUUAAAUGUAUGUCCUGAGGUUAUCCAUUGUAACCAUAAGAACUAGUCAAUUAUUAACCGUACAUUUUGAUAAACUGAUGAAUAUCACAAAUAUAUUUUACAAAUAUUGGUAAAACAAGAUAGUCAUACUCCCUUUGGUGGCUUUAUUAUAAUUAAUCAGAAUUAAGCCAAUUUAAUAUUAAAAACUUAUUGUUGUAUUGUUAAAUCUAUGGGUUAUUACCUAGGUACUUAUUUAUAAUCUUUUACAUCUUUUAUCGAUAAUUGUUUUAAUUGGUGUAAUAGUUUUAUUUCAUAUUACAACUUUUUAACCGAAUUUAUAUCCUUUAAAAAAUAAUAUACUACUUUACCUUCGUUGCCUAACUAUGUUGUAUCCGAAGUGCACGUUCGUGCAUCGCACCAGUUUGCGAUAAACUCUCGCCAUGUCACGACCGUAUACGGUAUUCGCUACCGGCCGCUUGCUACCCUAUUGGUGAAAUAUUCUAUUGUGUUGGCGGAGUUUAUUCUGUAUGCUCAUGCUCGCGGGCGACGUCACCAUACCCAUUUGUCUCCAUAUUAUAAAACGCGCUCUAUCUCCGCCAUUGUGAUCCACGCGCUGUCUGGAGUGAACCCACAUAUCAACCACCCAUCCAGGUACCCACGUCCGUCAGGUCUCGUCAGUUCUGGCCAUCUACCCGGUGCCCCCUUUUUUUAGAUUUUGUAUGUUUCCUAAUACAUUUUUAUUUUUCUGGUCAAUUAUAUAAUCUUUUACUAUCAACCCAUGUUUAUAUGUUAUACCCAUUCAAGUUUGUCUUCAAACACUGGUGUUUUAUAGUUUAUUAAAAAUUACAAAAUGAACAUUAUUAUGACUUUUGCUAAAGAAAAUAUAUUUUGAUAGGUAUUAAAAAUGUGUUUUUUUGUACACUUAUUGGCUGUUUUACAUAAAUAUAUACUUUAUUAUUUAUUUAAUUUGUGCAAUUCUUAUACGAUUACUUUUUUGAAGAAUGUUAAAAGCAAACAAUCCAAGUUAUUACUAAGUGGAUCUAUAAAUUCUUGGAUAAAAACCAAAUAAACCAAAUAGUGUUUUUUCGGCAUUUUAAUAAAAUAUUAUAAAUUACACAAUUUAAUUCAAACACAGAAUAAAAUAAAAUAAAAUUAUAGACAACUCAUGAAACACGAAAAAGUCUCUUGAGCCGAACUCCCAGAAUUCUGUAUCCUGUUAAGGAGUACCUGUGGCCAGGGAGCGAAGCCGUAGAGCCAUGUAAAAACUAAUGUCUAGACAUUUUUACCUGUUCCUGUAUAUCAAUUAAGUUAUCCCGUUUCCUUCUUAUUCUCUCAGUAUCGUAAAUGUAUUUUCCACCUUCCACGUCCUUCCUGCUGUACCUUACUUUCUCCUAUAUACUACCCGAUAAAACUUGACAGCAGCUCAAAUAAUUUAUAAAAUAGCUGUUACCUAUAAAUACUUUUAUUUAUUUAGUUAAAUUAACAUUAUUAUAAUAUUAAUUGUAUUGUAUUUCUAGUGGUUAUUCUUAUUUUAAUUAAACUGUAUGUAAUUUUAUGUAUAAAAUGAGGUAUUUACAGAAACGACUAGGUACUAGAAAAAAAGAAACAAUUUUGUUAUUAAUUCUUAUUAAAUUAAUAACUAUUUUUUAUUAAGAAGUUAUAUUUUUAUUUGUUUUGUUUUAUAGAAAGUACAUAGGAGAUAAAAAAUGCAUAGGAGAGUGUGUGAUAGAAUAAUAGAAUAGAAUAAAAUAGAAUAAUCAUGAUGUUUUUGUUUACAAAUUGUUAAUAUAAUUGUUUCUAUUUAUUUUAUAUUAUAUUAUUAUAUUGAGGAAUCCGUCAUUUGAUUUUAGCGGGAAUGGCGUCUUAAUAUGUAUUUAUUAAUCUCAUACAAAACAGUUUAUCAAAAUGUUAGGUUAAUAAUUAAUUAGUCCUAGUGGCAACACUGGGUAACUACGACGUCCAUUUUAAUUUUCUUUGAAAAGAAAAAAAGGAAAAUGUGUGAUAACAGUCGAAAUGGGCUCACCAUGUACUAUAAGCGCCUUGAUCAUGAUAAUAUAAUCAAUUGGUGAUAAGGAUGUCUGAUUCCAAAUAAACCGAUUUCUCUAUGAAAAUUGGGCAGUUUAAAAGUUUUUGUGAAAAUUGCAUUUAUGUUAUGAAGUUUCCAUGUAUAAGUAACGGUGUACGGUAUUUGUAUUUUUUAUUUUAAUUUAACGUUCUUUUUUUUAAUAAAAACAGCGAAUAUUGAUUUAUUUUAACAAUUGAUAAAUUACGUAUCUAUUUAAACGGUUGACUCAACAUUUUUAAUUUAAAAUUAAACUGCCUAGUUUUUUUAUUGAUUUAGUUUCUCUAGAUAACAGUUGACAAUGCUUUGAUUAAAAUAAGUUAACAAAAUACACAUUGUAAUAAUAAAUGUAAAUCAAAAAGCAUUAUUUUAACAAAUAAUUUUUAAUAAUAAUUUUUACAAAUAAUAACAAUUUAUAAACUCCUUAAAAAAAGUGUUUAUUUUUAUCAAUAUUUUCAACUCGUUGUUUAUGUUUGGAAACUUUAAUUAUAACCAAAUCCUUAAUUGUCUAUGUAAUUAAAUAAAAAAAUUGUCUUUUUAUGAUACAAAGUUGUCUUUAGAUUUGUGCAUAGUAUUUAUGAUUCUUGUUGAUUCUUACAAAACUACAUUCAUCAUAAAAUAUAAUGUGAUUUAUUAUUCUUAUUUUUUCAGUUACUUAUUCAAAUUCUUCUAUUCCGUGUUUUUCAAUUUCUCUACCCGAUUACAUAGCUUUUAUGCCAUCUAACGUACCAUACUUUUCAAUAAGCUUUUUGAAAAGAGAUUGUGGGUAUCUAUUACAUUCAAUCGUAUUUAAUAUUAGUCCAAAAUUGUAAUUCUAAACCUUCUUUUAAUUAACCACAAUGAAUUUAUUGUUAACAUUUAAAUGUCCAAUGGUUUCUGAAGCAAAACUUUUUAAUUCGUUCGUCAUUCUAAAGGUGUCAUAACACUAUAUCGUGUUAUCCAUAAAUUCAUCGUAUUGAUUUUUUCAUCACGUGAUCUUGGUUGAAUGGUAUCCAUCGAUUGUAACCUUAUUUUAUCAUUUUAGUAUAGUAUGUGGUGGCCUAUGUAUAGAUAAUAUAGUUGAUGAUGAUAAUAGUUUAUAAUAAAU